GUCGUUGAACAAAAACUAUACUUUUUAUAACGAUUUGUUUGUGUCUGUGUUAAUUUUUGGCUUUAAUACUUACCCAUCUCUUUUUGUCAUUAAUAAUAAAAAAGAAACCAAACAAAACCCUUUUGUUAUUUUGCUUCAGAUAUAUCAACAGUGGUUCAAUUUCAAUAACAUCCAACUUUUCCAUUUCAAAACCCAGGUCAAUUGUUGUGACGCCGCACUCUCAGAAUGAUGCCGAUCUAUACACCCUACCGGACUAUAGUAGAGGUGGUCGUUAAUGGUUCAACACAAUAUCAAUUGAAGAAUCGAAAAUCAAAUUUCUGUAGAAAGAGGAUUUUAAAGGAAGGCAUUAAAUUUUUUUGCAGAUCUUAUAAGAUUUAUGAAAAUAAGGAAGAUGAUACUCAGAUUGGUAAGGUUGAAUUUUAUUUUUAAAUUGUUUUAAUUACUGUUUGGGGAUUAAGAGAACUCGUUUCUAGUUUUAAAAUUAAAUAAUUAAUUUAAAUUUUUUUAUUAUACAGAAAUUUUAGAAGGUGAAUUUGUUUUAAUUUAUUGUUUUUGGAUUAAGACUACUUUUUCUAAUUUUUAAUUCUCUUAUUAUAUAGAAAUUUUAGAAAUCGGUUUUGUAAUUUGAAUUUGUUUUAGUCUACUGUUUCUGAAUUAAGAGUAUUUUUUCUAGUUUUUUUGAAUUACGUAAUUAGUUUUAAAUUUUCUAAUUCUUUUAUCAUAUAGGAAACUUUAAAAAGAAAAUUAAGUAGAAUCCUACUCAAAUAAUAAUUCUUAAAAUUGUUAAAAACCUAAUUCUAAGUGCGAAUUCUUUUGAGAAAUUUGGCUAACAAUUGGCGGGAUAAAAUUUUACAUUCCCUCCUUUUUUUCCUUUCCUUUUGGGCAAAUUACCUUCAAUUCUAUCAUAUCGCUUACGGUUUUCAAGUCUCUUCUUUAUUGAGGAAAAAAGCUUUACGAGGAAAACAAAGCAGAAGAAAAUUGUUACUGCACCUAACAAAUAAUUCUAUGGAUAAAAAAUGGAUGAAUUUAGACAACAAGGCUGAUCCUCUAUACGUAGAAGGAGUUAAUAACUUCUUACAAUUUGCAUUUAGCCAACCUGGAAUUUCAAAUAGUAUUCGUUGUCCUUGCAAUGGCUGCAGAAAUGUUGUAUUCAAGAAUAUGGAUGAAGUUAGAUUAGAUCUAUUUCAGAAUGGCAUCAACAGGAGCUAUAAUAUAUGGAAUUUGCAUGGUGAAUCAUUGAUUAAUUUAGAGAAAGCUGAAAACAACUAUGAUGAAAAUUAUGAUGAUUUUCUUGGUAUGCUUCGUGAUGCAUGUGGUGUAGCAGAUAUGAAUGUUGACUUUAAUGGUGAAACUGAUUCUUUUUCUUUUAAAGAGAAUUAUAGCUCCCCAAUUCCUAAUAAUGAUGCAGCCAAAUUCUUUAGGCUUUUAGGAGAUGCCCAGAAAAACUUAUAUCCAGAUUGCAAGAACUUUAAUAAAUUAUCAUUUAUUGUUAACCUUCUGCAUAUUAAGUGUUUAUGCCAAUGGAGUGAUAGAUCGGUCGACAUGUUGUUGUCUUUUUCUGAAGAAAACAUAUCCCGAGGGCGAGAACCUUCCUUCUUCCUAUUAUGAGGCCAAGAAAGUCAUAACUGACUUAGGGCUAGAUUAUGUGAAGAUUGAUGUGUGUUGUAAUGAUUGCAUCUUGUAUUGGGGUGAAAACGCUGAAUCACAAGAGUGUCCAACAUGUCAUUCUUCUAGAUGGAAAUCAAGUAGCAAUAUCUCUUCAUAUGGUCAAAAGAUCCCUCAUAAAGUAUUGCGUUAUUUUCCUUUA